GCAGGUUGAGUUUGUUGGAACUUCAACUUCUAUGAUCGGCGGACGCGGACGCGUAUUUCUGCACGUUGGAGGCUGACCAAAGGCGGCAUGGAGGAGCCGCUGGUGCCGAGGGCUUCCGGGGGCCGCGAGGUGCCCCAAGGAACAGGUCUCAUGUCGGCGCGAGCGCUGCUUUUCCUCAUUCUCUGGUACAUCUUCAGCGGAUGCACCUUAUUCCUGAACAAAUAUAUUCUGACGUACCUAAAGGGCGACCCCACGAUACUGGGAACCUUUCAAAUGCUGAUGACAGCAUUUUGCGGUCUUGUUCAGAUGUACAUUCCCUGCGGAAUGUACAAGCCAACGCAAAGAAUGACCAGGCCACCUGGCUUUUAUAAGCACAUGCUGCUCGUGGGGUGCACCAGAUUCAUGACUGUGAUUCUGGGUCUGGUGGCGCUCAACUACGUAGCAGUGAGUUUUACUGAGACCAUUAAAAGCUCUGCACCAAUGUUCACCGUCAUUAUUUCGAGGCUGCUGCUAGGCGAGCGCACGGGUCUGUACGUGAACCUGUCUCUAAUCCCUGUGAUGACCGGUCUGGCCCUGUGUUCAGCGACAGAGUUGAGUUUCAACAUGAAGGGCUUUCUCGCAGCAAUGGCCACAAACCUUACCGAAUGUUUGCAAAAUGUGUAUUCUAAGAUGCUUAUCAGCGGGGACCAGUUUAAGUAUACUCCAGCCGAGCUGCAGUUUUACACAAGCAUGGCCUCCGUGGUUGUCCAAAUUCCGGCCUCGCUGCUAUUUGUUGACAUUGUAUCAGUGUCCCAUGAAACGGACAACACUCUUCUUUCCCUCUUCCUGCUCAACGGGCUGUUUUUUCACUUUCAGAGCAUCACUGCCUAUGUGCUAAUGGACUAUAUCAGUCCCGUCACACACAGUGUGGCAAAUACUGCAAAGAGAGCUUUCCUGAUCUGGCUGUCUGUGAUUCUGUUCGGAAAUCCUGUGACCGUGCUCAGUGCUCUGGGCACAUGCACGGUCAUGGCGGGGGUGCUGCUGUACAACAGGGCCGUCCACGCCGACUCUACGCGGUACAAAGUGGCAGACAGAUAAUCAAUCCUAGCUGGUCGCACCAGCCAAGAUCAUUCCACCAUUAAUUUCCUCGUUGAGUGCGCUAUUUAUUUCAUUACAUACUUUAUUGUUGCUCAUGGGUGCUCUUUUUCAAGACGUCAGAAGCAAUCAAAAUACAACCUUAAGCAGCAAUUAAGAAGCCCACCUUGUCAUGCAUGGUAGGGUUGACCCUUGCCAUUGUUGGAGCACAAUUAAUUACCAUGUUGUUGUUGUUGUUGUUUAUAUGUAGGUUUCUUAAGUUGUAAGAUUAUGUAUUUUCCUUAAACGCAUUUCCACUAUGUUUGGUUAAAAAAGCGAGUGUUUGUCUCUUUCUGGAGCCAGUUUGAUAAUUUUUCAUGCAUAUUUUAAUAAAUAGACAAAUGUUUACAAAUAUCACUUUUAAAUAUUCUUA